CUCCUACUGCUCCUGUUCGCGACGCCAAUCCCUGUCCUGGGUGAAGAUGGCGCCAAGCUGUGUGGCCUCAAUGGCUGCCAAGCUAUAGAACUGGCCAAGAGGCACACGGAAUUGAUGAUGGCGAAGCUGAUGCAUACAAUCAAGCCCGAAGCUUUAGAAGAUGUUUUCGAGAACAUGAAAAAGCUGGAACAACUCGUCCGUAGCGUUGAAGAUCUUGAGAGAGAUGUGAGGAGUCUGUUCCAGCCAGUAUGGCCCGUGAACAACAGCCCGCAGCGCUGGUCCAUGUGCGCCGAAGGCCCCUGUUCUUGCAUGAUGGAAACGCGCGCCGUGUCAUGUUGGCGCCUCGAGUUGAUGUACCAUGUUCCCCGAAAGCAGCAGAUACCCGUGGACACUAGAAGUUUAGACUUGGGCAUGAAUCGCCUCAGAUUCCUCCACAAGGAUUCCUUCAACAGCCUAACCGAACUGGCCGAAUUAGACCUGAAUGAUAACCAACUAGAACUGCUUCCAUACAGCAUCUUCUACGAUCUUGAAAACUUAAGGCAUCUGAAGCUCCAUAAAAACAGACUGUUAUACCUGCCUCAAGACAUAUUCCAGGAUGCGCGAGCGCUACGAACCAUAGACCUCUCGCAUAACGUGCUCGAAGGCUUACCAAGCAACGGUUUUAAGAAGCUUUAUAACCUUUAUCUUCUGAACUUAGCGAACAAUGCCAUCACGCAUCUGGACGAGGAAAUUUUCUUCGAUCUAGAGAAUCUGGAGGAUCUGGAUAUAUCCGAAAAUAAGUUAAAGAUCAUCAGUAUAAAUCACAAUCAAUACUUGGAGCUCCUGUUUCAGAUUUCACCUUUCCAGCUACAGCAGAUUGGCCUGAAGAGGAAUCUAAGGAGUUCCAACAAAAAUCUUCACAAAGCAGUCUAUCAGCAGUGUUUGGAGUUGCCUCAGCUAGUAUUUUAUAAGUUACGGCGCCUAAAGCGUCUCAAGCUGUAUGAGAAUGAGCUCACCCGCCUUCCCUACGGCGUCUUCACUGACCUCUUUGACCUGCAAGAGCUUCACCUUCAGAACAACUUUAUUGAGAGUCUUCCUACGGGCGUGUUUGGGCACCUGACGAAUCUAACCUUCCUUGAGCUGACGAGCAAUCGCAUUAAGGCUAUAGAAUAUAGAGACUUCAUUGCCUUGGGCAAUCUCCGGUCUCUCUUUCUUGGUCAAAAUGGCAUCAUUAGAAUAAGUAACAAAACCUUUGUGGGUACUCCUAAGCUCGAGAAAUUGUACCUUUUCUCCAACAAGAUCGAAGAUAUAGAACUUGCUGCAUUCUCUGGUUUGAACAAUUUGGCUUGGUUGUUGCUGAACAAUAAUCUCCUGCGCUAUCUCCCAAGAGAGAUCUUCAGACGCACUCCAAGUCUGCUGCGACUUCAGAUUGACAGCAACAAGUUUAUGCAGCUACCUGAAGGGCUCCUUGAUGAGUUGCAAAUCGUGGAACAAGUAAAGCUGUCGAUGAAUCCAUGGCACUGUGACUGCUUCAUACUUUACCUCACAGGGUGGCUCCAUCGCAAUCCUGACAAGAUCUGGGACAGGCAGCCCAAGUGCCGCGGCCCCGGUGACCUGGGAGGCAAGCCCGUGAUAGAAAUGACGUUCAACAGUGUUUGUGACGGGCAAUGGGCUUCCAUGACGAAGAUUCAAGGUCGUGUUUGAAAGAACAGUACAGUUAUUUAGAAGAGCUUGUGAACUUUCCCUUUAUAUAUACUGGGAUCUUUCCAUUGAUAGUUUAUGCACAAAUAGUGUAAUAGAUUUUAUCAUUACAUUAUCAUAUUCAGAUGUAUUUAACGUUCAAUAUCAUGUACACGAGUUUCUAGAAACCAAAAUGAUAGUUACCAUGACAAAACUGGAAAAGGCAAGCACAUUCUUCACAUUUACACACGUGAUCACGGUUUGCUUUUCAAAAUCUCAGUAAUGUUGACACAUUCUUAACAUGGGGGACGAAAAUAGUUAAAACAAUGCUUUAUAACGUUAUUAAGUAUUUUCAGACAAAAAUCGUUAGUCAUAGAGCAAAAAUGUUUAGACACAUAUGAAACGGAGAGAUAGUUUACAUCAACUCCCAAUGGUAGUAUUACAUAGUUACUUAUCGAAUUCCCCAUGUGACUCUUAUGCUAAAUGUUUUAAUUUAAAUAAAGAUGUCUUCAUGCCGUGA